AUGGAUCUCACAGAGGCUUCCUCUAGCUUACGCAUCCCAGCCCAGGGUCCUGUGGUGAGUGUCUCCUUGCCCAUUCCUGCCAUCGUCUUCAUCAGUGUGGUUGUCUACUUGCUGCUGCUUGGCCUGGUGCUGCUGGCCAGACAUUAUUUGGUGGAGCAGGAUUGCUGCACAGACUGCAGAGGGUCCUGCGGGAAGGCAGACGCCCCUGGUCCCUUUGAGUGUUGCCAGGGCUGCGCUGAAGCCUGUGACUUUCCUCUGCCCAGUCCAGCCCGAUGCUUGGAUGCCUGCUGCCCCCAGCCUAUGGAAGCAGGUUGGGCCCCCCAAUGCCCCAGAUGCUGCCCACUGUGUGACUGUGCCUGUGCCUGCCAGCUGCCCGACUGUCAAAGCCUUAAUUGCCUUUGCUUUGAAAUCAAACUCAGAUGA